AUGCUAUUUUUUCCAAAAUAUUGGCAUAUUAUUGGGAAAGAUGUGUCUGAGGAUGUUAUUUCCCUGUUUAAUGGCGCUCGUGAUAUGGAUGAUGUGAAUAAUACCCACAUUAGUGCCUUUACACCUGGUAGAUUGAUAACAGAUAACACACUUGUGGCUUUUGAGACUUUUCAUUAUAUGCAUAGUGUUUGUUCGGGAAAGAAAGGUAGCAUGGCUAUUAAACUUGACACGAGUAAGGCCUAUGAUAGAGUAGAGUGGGAUUUUUUAGAGAAUGUAAUGUUAAAUAUGGGAUUCCAUGAGCAGUGGGUGCGAAUGGUUAUGAGUUGUGUUUCUACAGUUUCUCAUGAUGUGAUAUUGAAUGAUGAUGAAUCAGAUUCUUUUAUGCAAGAAAGAGAUGAUAGCAUAAUUUUUUGUAGGGCUGAUAACAGAGAUGUACAAGCUGUCAGAAGAGUGUUAGCUCGGUACGAAGUAGCAUCAGGUCAAAUGAUAAACCUUGGCAAAUCAGAGGGUAAGUAUUUGGGGAUUCCAACGUGGAUAAGGCGCUCAAAGUCACUUGCAUUUGCCUCUUUGAAAGAGAGAGUCUGGAAGAAAAUCAAAGGAUGGAAGCAACAAACUUCGUCGUCUGUAGGUAGGGAAAUUCUCUUAAAGGCGAUUGUCCAAGCGCUUCCUACUUAUUUGAUGAAUUUUUUCAACAUACCUAAUGGUUUUUGCUCAGAUAUCCAACGAAUGAUGGCUCGUUGGUGGGGAUGUAAAGAAGAUGAUCGGCGAAUUCAUUGGGUUGCAUGGGAGAAGAUGUGUAAGUCGAAGGAAAAUGGAGGGUUGGGAUUUCUCAAGGUGGUUGACUUCAAUGAAGCGAUGUUAGCAAAGCAAGGGUGGAGACUGUUACAAAAUCCCGAACUUCUUGCAACUCGUGUACUCAAAGCUAGAUACUUCCCGAAUUCGAGUUUCAUGGACUCGUCUAUAGGAAGUAGACCUAGCUACAUUUGGAGGAGCAUUUGGGGAUGUAAGUGGGUUCUAGAGAAAGGGUGCAUAUGGGUGGUUGGGGAUGGUCUGCGUUGGCGGAUUGAAAGUAUUUCUGAGUUGUGUCCUAGAUGUGGUGUGAGGGAAGAGUCAGUUUAUCAUGCUAUUAGGGGUUGUGGGUGGGCUGUUGCGGCGUGGCAGGAGGCGGGAUUGGAGAGGUAG